CUUCUUGCUGCCUGCGCAAAGCUUUCUCCUCACAAAAAUAUUGACGAUUGAGACCACUUGGAAAGGUUGCGCAUUGGAAGAGGUGGACGGCAGCGCCAUCACUCGGCAUCUUUAUAGGAAAAUCAUUCGUCGAGAGAAAUCACAGAGAUGGUGAAAAUAUCUGUUCUGCAACACGCUCCUUCUGUACACUUGCCAGGACGACCUGGCGAUCCUACUCCGACCUCACGCAACCUGGACCCUCUUAUGCAUCCCUUCGCCCGUGCACGAGAGCGCAUGCGAGCACUCAACGCUGCGAAGAUGGAACGUAUCUUUGCAAAACCAUUUGUCGCUGCUCUGGAGGGUCAUGUUGAUGCUGUGGAAACGAUGGUGAAGAAGCCGGAGAGCUUGGAUUUCAUUGCGAGUGGUAGCUGGGAUGGAGGGCUCAUUAUGCAUGACAUUUCCCGGAGAACGAAGGUCCUGCACGUCGAAGGAGCACAUAAGGGCAAGAUAUCUGGGAUAUGCUUCGCCGACAGCGAUCGGCUGUUAACGUGCGGCGUGGACCGAAAUGUGAAGCUAUGGCAAGCCAACUCGUCAUCAGAGGAGGGUGAAGAUGGGGCGGGACCGUCAAAGAGCCAACAGCCUCUUAGUGUAUUUCCUGGCAAGGCAGCAUUCAAUUCGAUAGACCACCACCGAUCAGAUCCCCUCUUUGCCACCGCCUCGAAUCUGGUACAAAUAUGGGAUGAAACAAAGAGUGCACCAAUCUCAAAUCUUACCUUCCCCACAUCGACGGAGACGAUUUCCGCUGUCCGCUUCAAUCUCUCCGAGUCAUCGGUCCUCGCGAGUAUAGGGUCCGACCGCACAUUCACUCUGUACGACAUCCGGACAGGCAAGGCAGAGCGUAGGGUGAUCAUGCAGGCCAGUCUGAUGUUCAUCAUGCGGAGCAACUCGUUAGCAUGGUCACCAACAUUCCCUACUGUUCUUCUGCUCGCCUCCGAAGACCACAACCUAUAUACGUUCGACAUCCGUGCGCUCAAAACACCGUCACAAAUAUACAAGGCACAUGUUGCGGCCGUCAUGAGCUGCGAUUGGAGUCCGACGGGAACGGAGUUCGUCAGCGGUGGCUGGGACCGGACGGUGCGGAUCUGGAAAGAGGGCGUGGGCACACAGCCGGAGGUGUAUCACACAAAACGAAUGCAGCGGGUCACAUCGACGCUGUAUACUGCCGACGCGCGGUUCGUCCUGUCCGGCUCGGACGACGGCAACGUCCGGAUAUGGAAGGCUCAUGCGUCUGAGAAGCUCGGAGUCAUCACCGCGCGUGAGCGUGCAGCGAUCGAGUACCGCGAGAGUCUCAAGGAGCGGUGGAACAUGGACAAUGAGGUCGGCAAGGUGCAGCGGGUCCGUCAUAUGCCGAAGCCUGUUUACAAGGCUGCGCAGCUCAAGCGGACGAUGUUGGAUGCUCGCAGGGUCAAGGAGGAUCGCAGGAGAAAACAUUCACGGGCGGGCGAAUCGAAGCCCAAGGCAGAGAGGAAGAAGGUUGUCCUUGCGGAGCAGACAUAACUCUGCAUACAUCCACUUAUUUCAUCUUCCCGUGUCUAUAUGCGUCGUCACUACCGAAAGAUAUCUAUAGUAGCAGAAUGAAUCCUAAAUGACGUUUGUCGCAGUUAAGCCGGCU